AUGGCACAGCGCGCGCCGUUCCCCAACGAUCCCGACACGUUCGACGGCGACGACCGCAUCUCGUACUCCACGCAAGACGGGCGUUUCCUGCUGGAGGAUGAGGAGGGCGAAGAGUGGGAGUGGCUGACAGGCCCGGGCAAAUGGUCCAAGACGAUGGAUGAAGCUGCGAUCCAGCAACAGCAAGAGAUCUACAAGGUGCAGGGCGUCGAUGAGGCCGCCCCGGCCUUGAACCCGGCCAAGAAGCGCAAGGAGGCGCAGUCGGACGACGCGGAGAACAGGUCCAAGAGCGCCAAAACCGCCACCUCGAGCCAUGCCGGAGCCACUACCAAGCCGAAUGCCACUGCUGCUGCCAGACCGCCCCGCCAGAACACCGCUGUGUUCGUGACUGGCCUGCCGCAGGAUGUUGACCAUGAAGAACUUAGGGACCACUUCAAGAAAUUCGGCUUGAUCUCCGAGAGUAUCGAUGACAACGAGAAGCGCGUGAAGCUGUACAAUGACAAAGACGGCAACUUCAAGGGCGAGGCAUUGAUCAUCUACUACCGGCCCGAGUCGGUCAGCCUCGCCAUCGACAUGGCGGAUGGCGCCUACUUCCCGCGACGUGAAGCCACUGCGCCCACGGCACCAAUCUCAGUCGUCGCAGCCGACAGUAGCUUCAAGGCGCACAAGGAUGACACCGUUGCAGAAGAGCGUCCAAAGGGCAAGCUGAAGGGAUCUCGCGCCAAAGCCAAGCAGAAGGCGGAGGAGAUGAACAGUCGUCUGGCGGACUGGUCGGACGAUGAGCCAUCAGCAAUACAGCAGACAUCCUCGCGAUUUGACAAGGUUGUGGUCAUCAAGAACGUCUUUACACUCAAGGCAUUGCAGGAGGACAAGGACUACUACGAGGAUACCAUGGAGGACAUGCGCGAAGGAGCAGAGGCACACGGGGAGAUUAAGAACAUCACUUUGUUCGACAAGGAGGAGGAUGGCGUCGUCACAAUUCGCUUCAGCAAUGCCAUGGCCGCCAAAGCUUGCGCAGAUGCCUUCAACGGAAGACUCUACGAUGGUCGCCGACUCGAAGCCUCGAUCGCCAAGGAUACGGAGAAGUUCAAGAAGAGUCGCAAGGCUAAAAUUGAAGACGACGAGGAGGCCAAGCGCCUGGAGGACUACAGCAACUUCAUUGAGGGCAAGAGUGAAAAUGUCACUGCUGCUGCUGGAGGUGAACCAUCCUGA